AUGCUUGAUCGUGUUUGGGCUCAGACUCGCAUAUUGCGGUUUAACUGCGGUCAUAAUCAAGUACGCAGACUGUUCAUUUCAGCAAAUCGAGUUAGAGCCAAUCAGUUCACUUCUAGACUCAUUUUCCAACCUUCGUUUCCGCGCAGGACGAUAGCCUCUCGACGCGCCUUGCAAGAUCAAUUUGACAACCCAAAUCCCACCUCGAUCAACCCAGCAGAGCAUUGUGAAGAGAUCAUUGAUGAUUCAAGGCUUGCUCCCAAUAGUCCAAAUAGAUUGAUAUCGCCCGGUCCAUGUCUAUUUUGGGGUACUAGAUUGGUUCCUGAUGAAGCUCCAAGGACGCUGAAAACAUCUUUCGAAUUCCCGAAGUUAACGCCAGAAACAGGUUAUUACCUCACAUUUCUCGACAAAGUAGAAGGGCUGCCGGUGAAGGCCCAAUAUCCGCCGCAAAAUCCAAUGAAGGUCUCCAUACAGAUUUUGAGCACGCCUACGGCAGAUACGCCGGGCACGACACUCAUACUCCAUUUCAACGAGACGAGAUACUUGAUUGGCAAUAUCGCAGAAGGAACACAACGUAAUGUGAUCCAGAGGAAGGUCGGGUUAAUAAAGGUCGGAGAUAUCCUUUUGACUGGCAAUGUGGGAUGGGAAACAGCGGGUGGAUUGUUGGGCCUGAUAUUGACGGUCGCGGACUCGGCGGCAAGCUCUAUGCAACACAGACAAAAUCCAAGCGGAAAACAAUCGAAUAUGGGGGGAAAGCCUAAGAGUGCGGAGAGUACCCCGAAACCUAAAAGGAAUUCCUGGAUGAACAUCCAUGGCGGCAAGAACCUCACGCAUCUGCUUGCUACGGCGAGACGAUUUAUUUUUCGAAGGGGCAUGCCAUUACGAUUGAAUGAGUUCACUUCUAGAAAGGGGGGUAGGAAGGAUUGGGAGCCCAGUAUGCAGGAUGAUUUUGUCAACGUUUGGGCUAUGGUUGUUGAACCGGAAGUGACAAAUACUAGUAGCCCUAAGAAACGAACUCAUGAAGAAUUUUCUGGCAAUGACGAAGCUGUGCGACUUGGGGAGGCUGAUCUUCAAGAUGAGGAUAUCAAGACUCAGAUGAGACAGGCGGUAGUUGCUGAUAUGUUUGACUCAAACUGGAGAAUGGACGCACUCGUCGUUAAGAAGCUAUCCGAGGUGGCUCUCCCAGCCGCGAUAUUCGUACGGACAGAAGAGGGCAAAAUAGAGAAGUAUACUGGUCCAAUGCCAACCGAGGGAGAGGAUGUUCCCGACGUAGAUGUACUAGUCAGAAAUCCUUGGCCUGGAGCUCUGGUCGACAAGCUUCCUGAUGCAACGCCUGUUACAAGCUCCGUUUGCUAUCUCAUAAAAACCCACAUGCAGCGUGGCAAAUUCGACCCGAAGACUGCUAUAAAACUCGGUGUAAAACCAGGGCCUUUGUUUAGACAAUUGACGGAAGGGAACUCCGUCACAAUCGAAGAUGGCACCGUAGUUACUCCAGAUAUGGUGAUGGGCGCUUCUAGGAAAGGUUCGGGAUUUGCCGUCGUCGAGUUACCAACCGUGGCAUACAUUCAAACUCUGGUAAACAGAGAAGAAUGGUCUUCCGAGGAUCUGAUGGACGGGGUUCGUGCCAUCUUCUGGAUUCUCGGGCCCGGGGUUUUAGAGGAUGCGAGAAUACAGAAGUUUAUGCAAGAACACAAGGGAUGGGAGCAUAUUGUGUCUUCCAAGGACUGUUGCACAAACUACUUAGCUAUGGAAUCAGCGGCCUCUGCCGCUAUCAAACUCCAUAACAUCGACCCCGACCGAUUUCCGAUACCUCAUUUCAGUAAUGUGUUAGAAAAUCAAACUCAAGGCUCUCUACCUUAUGAAAUCGCCCGGCCAGGGCUAACCUUCGAUAUUGAGCCCAAAUUUUUGCGGCAUGAUGAGACUGUAGUCCCUUCCUUCAACAGCGAGAGCAUUGUUGAAGAGGCCAAGGAUGAUCUCACAGUUUCCGAAUUAGCCAGCAAAGCAAAAGCGGAAAUUGUCGACCCUGAAUACCUCUCUAUGCUUGAGGAGAAGCAGAAAGAUAUUCCCAGCAAAGAUGCCGAAGUUAUCACUCUGGGUACCGGCUCUGCAUUACCCUCAAAGUACCGAAAUGUAUCUGCGACACUUCUUCGUGUCCCUGGAUAUGGCAGUUACCUUCUUGACGCGGGAGAAAACACUCUCGGACAAAUAAAGAGAGUAUUUGGCGACGAGACCGCAGAAGUUCUUCGUGAUCUCAAGGCAAUCUGGAUCAGUCAUCUCCAUGCAGAUCAUCAUCUUGGAACUACUUCUAUCAUCAAAGCAUGGUCCCAAGAAACCGCGAAAGACGUGAAGCUUAAGAAUAACAGACUCUGUAUAAUCUCUCACGCCGGAAUGACAGAAUGGGUACGCGAGUACUCACAAAUGGAUGAUAUAGGCAUCGACCGUGUUGAGACCAUCACCGUAGCGAGCUCCAAACAGAAGUUCUUCAAAUAUACUAAUAAUUUCACUGAAAAGCAACAGCAGGAAACUGGCAUUAGCUCUAUCCAGGCCUGCUCCGUCUCUCACUGUCACGGUGCCGCUGCAGUGGCCAUCACAUUCCCCAACGGCUUCAAGGUCGCCUAUUCAGGUGACUGUCGACCCUCUGAUGAUUUCGCACGCAUUGGUCAAGGUGCCACUCUUCUCAUCCACGAAGCCACUUUCGACGAUGAGUUACGAAAUGAUGCGAUUGCCAAGAAACACUCCACCACCGGCGAGGCAUUGAUGAUCGGAAGAAAGAUGAACGCGCGCCGCAUCCUCCUGACCCAUUUCUCGCAACGAUAUCAGAAGAUUCCCGUCAUGGAUGCCGGCGACCGCGAUCAGAUUGCUAUCGUGGCUUUUGAUUAUAUGAGAGUUAAGAUUGGAGAUUUUGCAAAGGUGGAGAAGUUUAAGCCGGCGUUGAUGAAGCUUUAUGAAGAGGAGAUUCAGGAUAUGGAGGAGGAGGUGAGGUAA